AGUUGAAUUGUACUGUUACUGUUUGUUCUUUUAGAAAGAUCUGAAGAUGUACCAAUAAAUCCUGUUGUAAUGCAUAUUGAUAUGGAUUGCUUUUUUGUAUCAGUAGGCCUCAGAAAUAGACCAGACUUAAAAGGAAAGCCAGUUGCUGUAACUCAUGCAAAAGGUUCACACAACGUUAGUAGAGAUGAGUCAAGUUUUGAAACUGAAAAAGCGUUAUUAAGAAAACAUUGGCCUAGUGAAAAAAAUAUUUUGAAUAAGUUGGAUAGUCACUCAUCAAUGUCCGAAAUUGCUAGUUGCAGUUAUGAAGCUAGAAAAUAUGGUAUUAAGAAUGGGAUGUUUUUAGGAAAUGCACUCAAAAUGUGCCCUAAUCUUCAAACAAUUCCCUACGAUUUUCAGGGUUAUCGUGAGGUGUCAUCAAUCUUGUACAAUACAAUUGCCCAGUACACUUUGGACAUUGAAGCUGUAAGUUGUGAUGAAAUGUACGUCGAUGUGGGACCAAUUUUAAACGAAACAGGCAUAUCUGUAGAGCAAUGGGCUACACAUAUAAGAUUGGAAAUAGUAAAUGCCACAGGAUGUCCCUGUUCCACAGGUUUCGGCAGUAAUCGUCUUCAGGCCAGAUUAGCAACUCGUAAGGCCAAACCUGCUGGCCAGUUUUAUUUGCGUCCUGAAAAUGUCGAAGAAUUUUUGGCUAAUGUAUCUUUAGCUGAUCUACCAGGUGUAGGUUUUGCUACAAUUGGCAAACUUCGAAAUCUGGGAUUGAUUACAUGUGCUGACGUGCAGAUGACCAGCCUCCAGUAUCUCCAAACAGAGUUGGGUACGAAAAUGGGCGAACAGAUUUAUGACCAAGCUAGAGGCAUCGACACGAAGCCUCUAAGCUUUUAUCACGAGAGAAAAUCCGUAUCUGCAGAUGUCAAUUACGGUAUUAGAUUCAAGACUCACGAGGAAAUCCUAGACUUCCUUAAAAGAUUGUCUGAAGAAGUGUUCAAUAGAUUAAUCGAAACUGGUAUGAAAGCCGCCAGAUGUCUUACUUUAAAGAUCUUAAUUAGGGCUCCGGAUGCUCCUCAGGAAACUGCUAAAUUCCUGGGUUGUGGAGUUUGCACUAGUAUUAAUAAGAGUACAACCAGAGGAAAUUUGAUAAAUGAUGCUAGUGUAGUAUUUAAAGAGGUCAAACACCUUUUGGACCAAAUUAAAGCCCCUCCUGAAGACUUUAGGGGCAUAGGAAUUCAACUUACGCGACUCGAGAAACUAUCAGCAAGCAACAAAUUACUUAAUAAUUUUCUAAAACAAUCUACAGAAAUUGCAAAAGGUGAUAAGAACACAAAAGAAAUUGUUUCUAGAAAUGAUACUUCAAAUGAUACUGUUAAAGAAACGUGUUAUAAAAAUAGAGAAGAAAGAGUGAAAAAAGAUAAUAUACCUUCACCUGAAGAAAAAAAUAAAGAUGAAAAAGUUUGUCCUGUAUUUAAGGAAGUUGCAAUUCAGUGUAGUGGAAAUCCAUUUGAUGAUGAUAUCCCUCAAGUAAAAAUAAUUUCAACUGGUAAACCAACCUCUCUAAAUAAUUCUAAGAAAUGUAAACCUAGAGGAAAACUGGCCAAGAACAAGCAGAAUAAUAUUUCCAAUAACACUGUGAGAACUUUGAAAAAUUAUUUUAAUGAAACUCGAGCCAAUAAAGCUGUCUAUCAAAAAAGCUCAGCAAAAUCGGGCAAAGAAAUAUUGAAAAAUAUCGAUGUUGAAGUGCUAAAAGAAUUACCUGAAGAUAUUAGAAAUGAAAUUUUAAAUGAGUACAAAAUAUCAAUGGAAGAAUUUCAACAAAAAGUAAAUAUUAUUGUUUCAAAAGCCAACAACACUGACAUAUCUAAUACUGUAAUAACAGAUGAUAAAGUUAAACCCAGUACUUCUAGCACUACAAAAAAAGAAGAAAAUGUUCAGUCUUCCAUUACAAAGAAAAAACUAUCAUUUGCUGACUUGGAGUGGGACGAAUUAAAAAAUUUAAUAGAGUCUUGGAUCCAUUCUGAAACAAAACCGUUAAAUUGUGAUAUCACUAGACUCGGAGAAUACUUGAAAGAUCUUGCAAUAAAUAGAAAAAUUGAAACCUUACAUGUUUUGGUAAAGUUCUUGCACAGGUUGGAAACUGCUAAAUUCCUGGGUUGUGGAGUUUGCACUAGUAUUAAUAAGAGUACAACCAGAGGAAAUUUGAUAAAUGAUGCUAGUGUAGUAUUUAAAGAGGUCAAACACCUUUUGGACCAAAUUAAAGCCCCUCCUGAAGACUUUAGGGGCAUAGGAAUUCAACUUACGCGACUCGAGAAACUAUCAGCAAGCAACAAAUUACUUAAUAAUUUUCUAAAACAAUCUACAGAAAUUGCAAAAGGUGAUAAGAACACAAAAGAAAUUGUUUCUAGAAAUGAUACUUCAAAUGAUACUGUUAAAGAAACGUGUUAUAAAAAUAGAGAAGAAAGAGUGAAAAAAGAUAAUAUACCUUCACCUGAAGAAAAAAAUAAAGAUGAAAAAGUUUGUCCUGUAUUUAAGGAAGUUGCAAUUCAGUGUAGUGGAAAUCCAUUUGAUGAUGAUAUCCCUCAAGUAAAAAUAAUUUCAACUGGUAAACCAAGCUCUCUAAAUAAUUCUAAGAAAUGUAAACCUAGAGGAAAACUGGCCAAGAACAAGCAGAAUAAUAUUUCCAAUAACACUGUGAGAACUUUGAAAAAUUAUUUUAAUGAAACUCGAGCCAAUAAAGCUGUCUAUCAAAAAAGCUCGCCAAAAACGGGCAAAGAAAUAUUGAAAAAUAUCGAUGUUGAAGUGCUAAAAGAAUUACCUGAAGAUAUUAGAAAUGAAAUUUUAAAUGAGUACAAAAUAUCAAUGGAAGAAUUUCAACAAAAAGUAAAUAUUAUUGUUUCAAAAGCCAACAACACUGACAUAUCUAAUACUGUAAUAACAGAUGAUAAAGUUAAACCCAGUACUUCUAGCACUACAAACAAAGGUAGCCAGUUAAUCAUUAUUUAUUAG